CGUGACUUGUGGAUUGAGUGAGGUAAAUUAUUGUAGUGGUGGGUCAGUGGCUAUGAAGAAAAAAAAGGAGGUGGGGGCCAUUGUGGAAUUUUUUGGUGAUAGUGGCGUGAUUUUUUGUGGGUGGUGUUAAUUUCUUAGUUGUACCGGAUAUCUCAUCUUGUUGUUGGAGAUGGCAGAAGAUGGGAAGUUCCGAAUUGAGAAGUUUGAUGGUACAGAUUUUAGUUGGUGGAGAAUGCAAAUUGAAGAUUUGCUGGUACAAAAAGAUUUGGAUGUGGUUCUAGGUGACAAGCCAGAAAAGAUGUCAGAUGCAGAUUGGGCAAGUUUGGAUCGGAAAGCAAUGUCCGUGAUCCGACUCUCGUUGACCAAGAAUGUUGCGUUCAACAUUCUGAAGCAGACGACAGCGAAAGGCAUUAUGGAAGCGAUGUCCAACAUUUACGAGAAGCCAUCUGCAGCAAACAAGGUGUUUCUAAUUAAAGAAUUGGUAAACACAAGGAUGAAAAAUGGCACUUCAGUUACCGAGCAUAUCAACAAGUUGAAUUCGAUCUUAGCCAGACUUUCGUCAGUGGGUAUUAAGUUCGAUGAUGAAGUUCAAGGUCUACUACUGUUAUCGUCAUUGCCUGACAGUUGGUCCGGGACUAUUACAGCAGUUACCAGUUCAGCGGGACCUGACGGAUUCACUUUUGAGAAGAUUCGUGACCUCGUUCUUGGCGAAGAUGUCAGAAGAAGGAGUUCUGGCGUAACAUGUUGGAAGUGCAAGGAGGUGGGGCAUUUCAGGAAUCAGUGCCCAAAAGAGGAUAAACAAGUGAACAUUGCUAGAGGCUCCGCGAGCGACGAGGAUUUGUUUAUCUGUUGUGCGGAGAGCAAUGUAGAUUCCUGGGUCAUGGAUUCUGGUGCUUCAUUUCAUGCUACCCACAGUGGUGAAGCAUUGCAGAAUCUAGUUGUUGGGGACUUUAGAAAGGUACAACUAGCAGGCGACAGAGCUCUUGAUGUGACGGGCAUGAGUGACAUAGUGCUGAAGACCCUAGUCGGUUUCUGGACUUUGAAGGAUGUCAGACUGGUUCCAGGCUUGAAGAAAUGUUUGAUUUCUGUCAGCCAGUUCGACGAACAGGGACACGAGGUGAAGUUUGGAAAUGGGCAGUGGAAGGUCGUGAAGGGAAAUCUUGUCAUGGCCUGCGGAAGGAAGAGUGGGUCGCUGUACAUGGUCGAGUUACCAUCUGAGGAAGUGACCGUCCCAGUUUAGAAGAGAAACAAAGUCCGGUUCAUAGAGUCUCGUGGGUAGAAGAAGGUUUUAUAUGCAAGAGAGAAACCCAGAGCCACAGGUCAGACUCAUGUUGGACGAGCGAGGAAAGGUUCAAAGAGGCCAGUUAGAGGUAUCUG